AGUAUCGGAUUGCAUCGAGGGAGUGAAAAAAAGCUUCGAUUUUUUGCGCGCGGCGCUGCAGAAAGAUGGCGGCUUUCGCCUCCGCGCUCCGUGCUCUCCCCUCACCGCCGGCCGCGGCGCGUCCUCAGCAACGGCGGCGGCUGCGCUCGAGAGAACAAAGCCAGGGCUGUAGAUCUCGAAGGUAUUCAAAAGUCGUGGCUUACUACGGUCUAACUACUCCGCCAUAUAAACUUGAUGCUCUGGAACCUUAUAUUAGCAAGAGGACAGUUGAACUUCACUGGGGUAAGCAUCAACAAGACUAUGUGGAUGGCUUGAAUAAACAGCUUGCUACCAGCAUGUUCUAUGGGUACACUCUGGAGGAAUUAAUAAAAGAAGCAUACAACAACGGCAACCCAUUACCAGAAUAUAAUAAUGCAGCACAGGUCUGGAACCAUCACUUCUUCUGGGAAUCAAUGCAGCCAGAAGGUGGUGGGUUGCCAGAGGGAGGUGUGCUGCAGCAGAUACAGAAGGAUUUUGGCUCGUUUACUAAUUUCAGGGAAGAGUUUAUACGCUCAGCCUUAACACUUUUGGGGUCUGGCUGGGUUUGGCUUGCCUUGAGUAGAAAAGAAAGAAAACUUUCAGUUAUCCAUACACAAAAUGCCAUCAGCCCACUUGCUCUUGGUGAUAUUCCAAUAAUCAACCUAGACUUGUGGGAGCAUGCUUACUACUUAGAUUACAAGGAUGACAGGCGAAUGUAUGUUACAAACUUUAUCGACCAUCUUGUCUCUUGGGAUACUGUCACUCUACGCAUGAUGCGUGCUGAGGCUUUUGUGAACCUUGGUGAACCGAAUAUCCCAGUGGCAUGAUAUGAGAUGAUAUGGAUAUGACCUGGAGAUAUGUAGAAACGUAUCCUCAUCAUAGAGGUAAAACUCAGCACUUUGCAGUUGCAACAUUACAUCCUGGCUCAUAUGCAGCUUAAUAAUGUAGCUUGUCAUUCACUAUAGAAAAAGAAACCAGGGAAUCCUUCAGUUUUUGGUGAUGACUUAUUUUCAAUCAUGACGUACCUUAAGUGUUAGCAAUAUCACAAAUCAUGCUUCUAGGGACAUUAUCAUAUAACACAAAAAGGUUUGUCUUGAAAACUAGAAAUCAAUCAUAUAUUGGGAUUGACAUUUAAACACAUGCUGCUGGGAGCCGGGGAGUAUUAGGGAGCAUGUGGCUUGCUGCUGCUUCUUUGACAGGGUUAAGUAACAUAAUCAAUUGCCCUCAAAGAAAUGGAAAAUGACACAUGCAUGAUAGGAUAUCAUGAUGAAUUAGAUUGAAGACCGUAGCAAACAGGUUGGUAAAAUUUGAUUGCAUGAUUGAAUCUGAGUAUUAGAUUGUGCAGUGAUGAGUAUGGACAGCUUAGGGUUCAUUUAUCCACCUUUACAGGUAUGGUGAUUAAAGAAAGAUCCUUUCAUAAACCUUGCAUGGCAACUGCAUUAAGAAAAUAGCUAAUUUGCCAAUUGCGCUUCAACUAAUACUUAUGGACUUAACUUAAUCGACCACUCACUAUGAAACUCUUAGGGAGGUAUUUUUCUUGGGAAAGAAUGAUGUUUUGUUACUCCUUUCCAUAAGUCCAUUUUACUUAUACAGUGUAGAGUCCCGGUUCUUUUGCAAGGUUUCCUAGGACUUUGAACUUGCCAGUAAACUGGUAUCCUGUGGAUUUUUAGUCUUAAUUACACAUCCACAACUUCAGGUUGAUGCUAUAUCCUUGCAAAAAGGAAAAUUGUUAUUAAAGCAUUACUAGCACUAUUGCUUUCCAUGUCCUACACUGAGCUAUUUGAUGCAAUGUUCUUGAGUGGGCCCUAUUCCCCGAAGUGGUCCUCCGGUCUUUUCUCUGUAACCACAGGCAGAGACAAGUUUAUUUGUUUUUAGACUUUACAUUGUUUUGCUUUAUGUGUACCAUGGGUGGGUUAUGCU